UAUAUAGCUGGGAAUAUUCGACGGAAUAAAGAAUUGAGCAAUUGGAACGAUACUCGUUUGCUUAUUCUACUGUUGUAUGAACAAAAGUGCCUUGUGCGUAUGCCUAUAGUGGCUGCUGUAAGUCCUGAUGUCACAGGGCACUCCCCAAAAACAGCCGCUGUUCCACGGCUAUUCCGUGCUUUCCACCUUCUUCUUCCACCAGCGGCGCCCUUUGGCGCUGUUGUGGCCCACUACUCCGCCCUGCCUCAGCCCCCCAGAAGACGAAUUUCAUUGAAAAACAACUGAAAAAUUAAGAAGAAGAACAGGGGCACUACCAGCUGUCCAAGGACGGGGUCUCCUGCAAGAACUACAUCAUCUUUAGCCAGAGGAACAGCUUCGGCCGACUGCUGCCGAACACGACAGACAGAUGCGAUCUCGCAUUACAUUUACUUGCUUCCUGGGUGAAUCCGUAGGCGUCAACGAUACCGGGGACUCGUAAGAGCCUCGCAACAUUGCCGCCUUGGGGAGAUUUGUGUACUGGCUGGAGGACAAGACCGGAGUGGAACGGAUCACUGUCAACGAAGAGCGUUGUUCACCGACAUCCGGGCCGUGUGUUUCCAAAACUGCAUAGCCAGAGGGGUGUCACACGCAGCACGCGCGACGUCUGCUCGUGCCCCAAGCAUAUGACACUACUGGAGGACAAGGAGAACUACGGCGUGUGUCCGGCCUGUGGGCCAGAUUUCACGUGCACGGCCCCAGUGACGGAGAAUGGUGACAUGAAUAAGGACUGCGUACACGCCUCCUGGCGCUGUGACGGCCAAAAUGACUGCCCGGACAAGUCGAAUGAAGUGGAAUGUCCCACAUGCCGGGUGGAUCAGUUCAGCUGCCAGUCCGGUGAGUGCUUCGACAAGGCUCUGAUCUGCCACGAUGAGGCCGACUGCUGCAAGCGGCCAGGAGACUUUCAGUGUGCCAUCAACAAGCUUUGCAUAUCAGCCAAGCAGAUCAAUGAGAUUGUAUCAACUCUGCCCAAGCCCAAAACUGUUAAUCUCCUUGAUGACAGUCCACCGUUGAGACCCAUUCCAUCUGUCUAGUCCCAUCUUUUAUGACGGGCCGUCGUCUUUGAGUGCCAAGCCGAGUCAAAAUCUUCCCAAAAAGCCUGCGAAACCGUUGCCAAAGUCCUAAGCUCCUUUUUGCCCGAGCCAAAGCCACCAGAACAAAAGCUUAAAUCCUUACUAUUCGAUGACGAUGAUUUGGAUUUAGAUAAUAUGUAUUUGUCAAGCCAUUGAUGCAGCCGAACAAACUCUCAGAGAGAUUAGUUGGAAAAAACUCUCUGUUUGAUGAUGACGACCAGUAUGAUAUCACUGAUUUGUUUGGCUCAAAGAGUAUCUUCAUAUUAAAUUAACGAAAUAGGGUAUACAAAGGCCUAUACACGCAUCAUGUCUUCAAAUACCAGCAACGU